AUGGAAAGUCGCGUACCUCACCAGGACCCAGAUCGCGUAGCAACAAUGUACGGCGAACUCGGCAACAAACUGGUCCAACACGCCAAACGCACCCAAUCCCUCGCCCACCUCCCACCCUAUCAAACCGAAAUAGUACGCGCGGUAACCCGCGAAGUGCGUGAUCUAGACCGUGAUGUCACCCGCCUCCUAGCUCCAUUCGAAGGCGCCUUCAAUCCAUCCGCCGACCCAGCAGUCGCCUGCGCACUACUAGUUGACCACCUCUGCAUGCGCCGCAACAAGCGCUGUCUACUAGCCUACCACCGCGUGCGCACAGAGAAACUUGAAGAGCUAUGCUGGCUUGGUGUUGAUAUUCUUGAGCAGCAGCAGCAACAGCAUGCUGAGGGUGGUGGAAAAGGUGGGAGUGGGAAUGGGGCCAAUGGUGGAGCUACGAUGACCGCGCUUGGGGGUGAGGGUGGACAUAGCUCCCUUAGUCCUGAGGAGGAGGAGUAUUUUCGGUUAUAUGGGGAUAUGCUUGCCGCGUAUAAGGGGCAGUGGACUGAUGUUGAUUUGACGGGGACGUUGGAGCCGCCUAGGGAUUUGUUUAUUGAUGUCAGGGUUUUGAAGGAUGCUGGGGAGAUUCAGACGGAGUAUGGGGUUAUCAACUUGACGAAGAAUAGUCAACUCUAUGUUCGACAGGGUGAUGUAGAGAGGUUGAUCUCUCAAGGAUUCUUGGAGCGAUUGAGCUGA